AGGUUAACUACGCACAUGUCGAGAAGUUGAAUCGCCAGCAAAUGUGCAGAUGUAGAAAUGUGACGAUCAAACCGAAACUGCAAAAGAUGAAGCGGCGAUCGCUGACCACCGUCCGCGAGGAAUCUCCAACGAAGAGUUUGUUCAGCAGUGACCUGGCCAUCUACGUCAUGGUGACGGCCACUGCUGUGCUCAGCUACGUCAACAGUCUGAACGGAGACUUCGUGCAUGAUGAUAUACCGGCGAUCACGACGAACGCUGACGUCAUUGGAGGCAAUUCGCUGCAGCAGUUGUUGCUGGAUGAUUUUUGGGGUACUCCGAUGGCAGAUGCAAGCAGUCACAAGUCCUACCGCCCGCUGACUACGCUGUCUUUCAGACUGAACUACGCGCUGGCUGGCUUACGGCCGUGGUGGUGGCACGCGUGCAACGUGCUUCUGCACGCGGCGUGCUGCGCGCUGGUCGUGCGCGCGUGUGUGACGGUAGCACGACUGCAGCGGCCUUUCGCUGCUUUAGCCGCGCUGCUGUUUGCGGUGCACCCGGUGCAUACGGAGGCGGUAGCCGGCGUAGUUGGCAGAGCUGACGUGCUCGCCUGUAUAUUUUUCCUAUCCUCGCUAUUAGUGUACCAUAGACCUACCAGCAGCAAGAAGUGCGUUUGGCUCAGCAUCACUCUUGGGGCUCUGAGCAUGCUGGCCAAGGAAACUGGCGUCACUGUCCUACUGCUCAACUUGGCCUUCGACUUUUAUAGGUGUUGGCCGUUUGUCAAGAGGUCAAUAUGCUCGUUAAAAAUAGAGAAGAAGUGCACCGGCCUAUCAAUACGAACGAUCAAGGUGGUGGUGUCUCUCGCGCUGCUCAUCUGUCUCAGGCUGGCGCUACUUCAAGGAACCUGGCCUACAUUCUCCUCGCAGGACAACCCGGCUGCGUUUCAUCCUAGCUUUUUUGUGAGGCUGAUGACCUUCUGCUACCUGGCAGCCUUCAACUGGUGGCUACUCCUGUGCCCCUGGACGCUGAGCCACGACUGGCAGAUGGGCUCGGUGCCGCUCAUCACCAGCGGCUGGGACCCUAGGAACCUGCUCACUUGUGCUGCGUUUGGGGCACUACUGCUGCUGUGCUAUAGGUGCAUUGCAGACUUAGAGGUACAGAGGCACACGCCAGCUGUAAUCGGUCUGCUACUGCUUGUGGUGCCUUUCGUACCGGCCAGUAACCUGCUCGUCACCGUCGGCUUCGUCAUCGCAGAGAGGGUGCUGUAUAUACCUAGUGUAGGCAGUGUGAUCAUCACAGCUUACGGUGUCCAGCUCAUGUGGUAUUCCAAGCCCGGCACCAAAGCCAUCCUGGUGGUGGGACUGGCAGUUCUUGCAGCCAGUAGCGUUGCAAGGACCUACCGAAGAAACGCGGAUUGGCGGGACCGCGCCACAUUGCUAAGGGCGGAUUUAGUGACUUUGCCGCAGAACGCCAAACUGCACUACAACUUGGGCAACUUUCUGCGCGAAACUGAACAGCAGGAGAGCGCUAUCAAACAUUAUAAAGAGGCGUUGAGACUAUGGCCAAGCUACGCCAGCGCUCACAACAAUAUUGGCACCCUCGUGACGGGGUCCGACAACGCCGAGCAGCACUUCUUGCAGGCCAUCAAGUUCAACAAGUACCACGUCAACGCGCAUUACAACUUGGGGAAGCUUUACAAAAAAAGCGGGCGCACGUCACAAGCAGUUGCCAUGCUAGAGAAGUGCAUCUGGCUGCAGCCUCGCUUCGUGCAAGCUCAUGUCGAGCUGCUGACCCUUAAGCCUGAGAGGGAGAAGCACGCCAUCCUCGUCAAGCUGGUGGAGUUGGAGCCUAACAACUGGGAGCACUUCAUGCUUUACGGGGACUGGUUGAAGACGAAAGGGCUCGCGGCGCCAGCAUCAAAGUUCUACCUGGAAUCACUAAGACUGAGUUUUCGGAAUCGCAACGUGGAGAAACCAAUCCGAGGGGACCUAAUCUCAUUCAGAUCGACAGCUUUAAUGCUAAGGUCGUUAGGACAAAAGUCUAGGAUCCUUCAGGUCCUAACAAGAUGGCACACAUGGCGUCGUGGCUGGCCCAGUGCUGCGGCGGCGCAUAUGUAUCUGAGGGACUGGCGCCUGAAGAUGGAGCUGGAAGGCCGCGUGAGGAUAUACUCGCAGGCUGUGAACCCUACGAAAUCAACAAAAUGCUUCGACCACACGCAGCUCUCGAUCGAGGAAAAGCAAGAAAACAGCCCGAGCCCGGAAGAGAAACGCCACAUAGAUGCGCUCAGUCGCGUCAGUGCAAGUGAUAUUAGUGAGACAAAAUCGUGCGAACAAAAGACAUGCGGGACCAAAAAACGCAGCCUGUCCAUCUCAAGCCAAAUAAAGACAACGCAUAACAAAUCAGAAAUCGGACUGAAAAAAAAGUGUGUGCAUAGAAAAGACGAUAAGGGAAAGGGCGUGAUACCGAACAUUGCGGCGCCUCUCGAACACAUACUUAUGAAGACGUUUUAGGUUUAACAAAGUGUGAUAUUUAAGAGUGACCGUCUGUUUAGUUUAGCAAGGGUGCCGAUGCUACAAACAUUCGAUUUUGUCUACGCAAUUUCAUUCAUCUUAGAAGACACUAGAAACAUCUACUAAGCUUCUCUGUCCCAUGAAUUAAAUAUCUCUUUUUUAUGCCCACAUUCUGAAUGCUAACGUAAAUAAGUGUUACCCUAAUUUAUAUCUGUGAUUGUAGAUGAUUUUUUUAUUAACUUUUUUCAUAAACUGUAUUUUUGUCGCAUCUCUGUGGCACCGGCGCCCACUGCCCAGCGUUUGAAGUAGUCAACAUUCGCUUGCGACUUUUUUAUUGAUCCCAGGGACGUUAGAUGUAAAUGCCGACAAUAUCGCGAGGUUACUUAGUUAAGGCUAAUCUAGUCGGUGCGUAGUAUUCCAUUACUUAUCAUCAUAUUUUCAGCUAGCUACAUCAUUAUAUUUUGAGCAGUUGACACACGACGAUGACCUCAUAAAGGUAGCAAGAAGGCACUGGAUGCAGGCCGCCACCAACCGGCUAUUGUGGAAAUCUUUGGGGGAGGCCUAUGUUCAGCAGUGGACGUCCUAUGGCUGAAAUGAUGAUGAUGAUGAUAAGUUGACACACUGUUCAUUUGAAAUACGUAUAAGAGCUGUCAAAAUUAUGACUCUCUUGACUGAACUAAACUCAUCAGUUCACGAACUCAAUUAAACUUUUUAUCAACUACCCAAUUGCAUUAUUACAUAAUAAUAUGGGUAUAACAGCAAAAAUCCGUUCAAAAUAAGUGUAAAUAAAUAAAUAAUGAAAAAAACAACAUUCACUAGAACCAACUAGUUAUCAAGUCAAUUUUAAAAUGCCCAUCAGAAAUGGGAAGCACAAUUCCAAUAACAAUUCAAUUAUUGCGUACUAUUCCAUAUUGGCCUUUGUUUGGAAAUACAAAGCUUUGGAUCGUUUAUGAUAACAGUACGGUUUUAAUUGCUUUAUACUUAAAACAAAUUAAAGAGACUGGCAACUAAAAAUUAAGUUAUUAAAUGUCAACAUAAUAGGUGGUUUUGUAACUGUAGGCCCAUCAAACAUUAUCUUCAAUUUGAAACAGACGUUAAAGUUAUUAUAGUAUAAGCGACAUAAUAAUAUUAUUCUGGAAAAGAGGACUUCAAUUUCAUAACUUUCAACAAAUAGGGUUGAAUAAAGUAAAUACAGGGUGGGCCAAAAACGUUUGCAAAUACAACGCUUGAUAUCUCGAAAAUGAUUCGAGGUAGAGACGCGUGGGUAAUCGGAAACUGUGCACAGAUUCAUGCAUUUUAGUCACUAUGGAGUGCUUCAUGAAAAAACAUCGUGCUUUUUGUGUAUUUUUUUACUAAAGCAACCUCCUAAGACGUAUCUUUAGAACUGAAAACGUUUUCGAGAAAUCAAGCGUUGCUACUUGCAAAGAUUUUUGACCCACCCUGUAUACUGCAAACAUGUAGGUAAAGGGAAAAUAUUUACGCUAUAUGAUUGGUAAUGGAAUACCUAAACCGACAAACUUAGAUAGAUAACUAAUUUAAACUAUUUGUAGAGAUCGAAAUGAGAAUAUAUUUUUGUCAAAGUUGGAUUAGGUGGUUUGUAAUAAACACGCACUAAGUUUUUACGCUAGCGUUAGAAUAUCGUUGCUCUGUGUCGUCAACAUAGAAAACUAAACAAAAGAGAUUUAACAAAACAAAAAAACAUCGCAUGUGAAUGCAGUAAAACAUUCGAUAGAAUUCAUAGUUCUGUGGUUUUUCCGAUUUGUCCUCAAAACGAUUUUAUUCUAUUGUAGUGUCUAUUAGUUUCUCUGACUCAUCUUAAAUUGAAUGUACUAGACUAUAUGCCUCUAAUACAAUCUUAAGUAUGCAUUUGUAUAAAAAAACACUCGAAGAACUGGUAUUAUAAAACGUAUUUUGAAAAUAUGCUCAAAAUUCACCACUUAUAGAUUCAAGCAUAUUUAGUUUCAAUAUUACUUCAAUCUAUUCUAAAUGAAUCCUCGUUUUUAUAAUACGUUAGUCUGUUUUUGUGUGUAUUUGUAUUUCUGUAAGUUUUAAAAGCUGACGACACAGCAGCCAAAAAUGUGCCACAACCAGCUUCCGAUGUCGCUUGGCCUUAUGAUCUGGACAUCAACACGAGUGCUUAUAGUGAAUCGAUUUGGGUAAUAUCAUGAUUGGUACGAUUGGAUAACAUUUAUCAAUAUUAUUCCCACUUUGUGUAUAACUAGAUUUUAAUCUUCAAACAAUAACACAGAAAUCAUUUAUUUAAUGUGGUUCCCAAAAAUAUGUACCGAUUUUAUAUUCAGUAGUACAUAUUAAUUUGAAAAAAUAAUCUUGAUAAAUGUGAUUGAUUGUAAUAUUGUAAACCUAAAGGAUGGCAAAUUUUAUAUAAUCAAAAGUGCAUACUUAAUACUUUUGGACCCAUGAAUAAUGUAUGAAGAGACGCCAUGGAAUAAUACUUUUCGUAAGAUGUACAUAUUAUUAAGAUAGACUAAAGGCACAUGGCAAUGCUUUGAAUGUAUACUGAGAAUAAACAAUUGAGUAUU